GCUGACAUCUUGUGGCCACUGGGAGUGACGACAACUAGAAGCCUGCCCCUGGUCCUGUGAAUUACCAGACAAUACAGAGGCAUCCUCCGGAUUGCAGCAACAAGUUCUUCCUGUGGCCCAGUAUCUGUCACCGCCAGGCUUUCUUUCCCCCGGAGAUCGGUGUUAGUUAACUGAAGACCGAACCUUCUAUUAGACUCCCUUUGGAGUCCAGAAGAUAAACAGCUAGACUUUCCUGUCAGUGACAGCUUUCCAGAUGCCAAAACGACCCCUGAGAUCUUUCAUCAUAUUAAAUGAUGGGCCCAGAUCCUCCUUUCUGCAAGCUGAUGUUUAUGAGUUCUUGGAUGGUUUUUCAGUACGCCCACCAAAUGGAAGCCAUUAUUGCCCUCAUUUAUUUUGCAUGAAGUGCUGUAACGGGAACCCGGGAUUCAGCAAGCAGAGCGGAAAGCCCCGUUAAUAAUGGAUGCCAAGGACGACCGGUAGGCACCCUUUCCUCUUGAUGUCACUGAGCGUUAGCGCAGAGCCGUGCCUGUGGCAACGUGAUCACAGACGACGUCCCUUCUGCCAGGAGACUGGCAAUGAAGAGGCUGGAGGGGAGUCUUUCAUUUUCAGCACAAGGCAUCCUCCAAUUCUUCAACGCCAACUAGAACCAGGAGCAGGACGUCUUCAUUUACAGAGCAGCUUGAUGAAGGUACACCCAACAGAGAGCUUCUAGCCGGGAUGAUAGCAGAGCCUGCUUUUCUGUCUGAGUAUACUAUCUUUGCUUUGGAUUCCUCCAAGCAGCCUAAAACGCAGAGUGACAGUGUGGAUGCAUCUACCCAUGCCACAAAAUAUCCUGACAGUGUUAAUGGAAGUGAACCAACCACUCCUCAGUCCGGCGACACUCAGUCUUUUGCACAGAAGCUCCAGCUUCGGGUACCUUCCGUGGAGUCUUUGUUUCUAAGUCCAAUAAGGGAAUCUCUAUUCCGAUCUUCUUCUAAAGAGUCUUUGGUACGAACACCUUCCAGAGAGUCUCUGCAUCGCCUAGACCUAGACUCUAACACUGUCACCUUUGACCCACCUUCCGAUAUGGAGAGUGAAGCCGAAGACUCACUGGGGAACUCAGACAGCCUCAGCAAGGACCAGUUGAUUCAGCGUUUGCGAAGAAUGGAACGAAGUUUAAGCAGAUACAGAGGAAAGUAUUCUGAGCUUGUUACAGCUUUUCAGACUCUUCAGAGAGAGAAGAAAAAGCUACAGGGUAUAUUAAGUCAGAGUCAAGAUAAAGCACUUCGGAGGAUCGGAGAAUUAAGAGAGGAGCUCCAAAUGGAUCAGCAAGCAAAAAAACAUCUGCAGGAGGAGUUUGAUGCAUCUUUAGAGGAGAAAGAUCAGUAUAUCAGUGUUCUCCAAACUCAGGUUUCUCUGCUGAAACAACGAUUACGAAAUGGCCCAAUGAAUGUUGAUGUACCAAAACCGCUUCCUACGGAACCACAGGCUGAAGCCCUCAGUAAAGAAGAGAAUGUAGAGAGUGACGCAGAGCCAGUAGUGGAAGAUGCACCUUCAGCCAAAACACUGGAAGCACUUCAGCGAAGAGUUAAGCGUCAAGAGAAUCUCCUUCAACGUUGUAAGCAAACAAUUCAGUCUCAUAAAGAACAGUGCGCACUAUUGACCAGUGAAAAAGAAGCUCUCCAAGAACAGCUAGAUGAAAGGCUGCAAGAACUAGAAAAGAUGAAGGAGCUUCAUAUGGCUGAGAAGACUAAACUUAUCACUCAGUUGCGUGAUGCAAAGAACUUAAUUGAACAACUUGAACAAGAUAAGGGCAUGGUAAUAGCAGAGACAAAACGUCAGAUGCAUGAAACCCUGGAAAUGAAAGAAGAAGAAAUUGCUCAACUUCGUAGUCGCAUCAAACAGAUGACUACCCAGGGAGAAGAAUUGCGGGAACAGAAAGAAAAGUCCGAAAGAGCUGCUUUUGAGGAACUUGAAAAAGCCUUGAGUACAGCCCAAAAAACAGAAGAAGCACGGAGAAAAAUGAAAGCAGAAAUGGAUGAAAAAAUAAAGGCUAUCGAAAAAACAAAUGAGGAAGAGCGAACCAGUUUUCAACAGGAAUUAAGUCGGGUGAAACAGGAGGUGGUUGAUACAAUGAAAAAAUCCUCAGAAGAGCAAAUUGCCAAACUACAGAAACUUCAUGCAAAGGAGCUGGCCAGCAAGGAGCAGGAACUGACCAAGAAGUUUCAGACCCGAGAAAGGGAAUUUCAGGAGCAGAUGAAAGUAGCUCUUGAAAAGAGUCGAUCAGAAUAUCUGAAGAUCACCCAAGAAAAAGAACAGCAAGAAUCUUUGGCCCUGGAAGAGUUAGAGCUGCAGAAAAAGGCAAUCCUCAUAGAGAGUGAAAAUAAACUUCGGGACCUCCAGCAAGAAGUGGAGACAUACAGAACUAGAAUUCUUGAAUUGGAAAGUUCUUUGGAGAAAAGUGUACAAGAAAACAAAAAUCAGUCAGAAGAUUUAACUGUUCAUUUGGAAGCUGAAAAAAAUAAGCACAAUAAAGAAAUGACAAUCAUGGUUGAAAAACACAAGAGGGAAUUGGAGAGCCUACAGCACCAGCAGGAUAACAUUUGGACUGAAAAACUCCAAGUCUUAGAACAACAGCAUCAGAUUGAAAUGGAACAUCUUAGAGAAAAAUGUGAGCAAGAAAAAGAAGCAUUGUUGAAAGAUAAAGAGAUUCUCUUCCAGGCCCACAUAGAGGAGAUGAAUGAAAAGACUUUGGAAAAGCUUGACGUUAAGCAAACAGAACUGGAAUCAUUGUCCUCUGAAUUGUCCGAAGUAUUAAAAGCCCGUCACAAGCUAGAAGAGGAACUUUCUGUUCUCAGAGAUCAAGCAGAUAAAAUGAAGCAGGAAUUAGAGGCCAAGUUGGAUGAACAGAAAAAUCAUCACCAGCAACAAGUUGACAGUAUCAUCGAAGAGAAGGAAAUGUCUAUCCAGAGAACAGAAAAGGCACUGAAAGAUGAAAUUAAUCAGCUUGGGCUUCUGCUGAAGGAAAAAGACAAGCACCUGAAAGAGCAUCAAGCGCAUGUUGAAAAUUUAGAGGCAGAUAUUAAAAGGUCUAAAGGGGAACUCCAGCAGGCAUCUGCUAAGCUGGAUCUUUUUCAGUCAUACGAAACUACCACACAUGAGCAGGCAAAAGCAUACGAGGAACAGUUGGCCCAAAUGCAGCAGAAGUUGUUGGAUUUGGAAACAGAGAGAAUUCUUCUUAGCAAACAGGUAGCUGAGGCUGAAACACAAAAGAAAGAUGUUUGUGCUGAAUUAGAUACUCACAGAAUCCAAGUGCGGGACUUAAUGCAGCAACUGGAGAAACAGAGUAAUGAAACGGAGCAAAAAGUGAAAUCGUUAACGGAACUCUAUGAGUCUCGACUUAAAGAUAAUAACAUAGAGCAUGAACAGACAAAACAAAUCUUGAUGGAAAAGGAAAAUACGAUUUUACAAAUGAGAGAAGGACAGAACAAAGAAAUAGAGAUACUCAAACAGAAGUUGUCAGCCAAGGAGGACAGUAUCAGUACUUUGCAUGAGGAAUAUGAAACCAAAUUUACAAACCAAGAAAAAAAGAUGGAGAAAAUUAAGCAAAAAGCAAAGGAGAUGCAAGAAACAUUAAAAAAGAAACUGUUGGAUCAGGAAGCUAAACUUAAAAAAGAGCUUGAAAACACUGUUCUAGAGCUUAGUCAGAAAGAAAAACAGUUCAAUGCCAAAAUGCUGGAAAUGGCACAGGCUAACUCAGCUGGAAUCAAUGAUGCAGUGUCAAGACUGGAGACAAACCAAAAAGAGCAGAUAGAAAGCCUGACUGAGGUGCACCAGCGAGAACUCAAGGAAGUCAUAGCAACCUGGGAAAAGAAACUCCAUCAGCAAGCUGAAGAACUUCAGGAGAAACAGGAAAUCCAAUUACAGGAGAAAGAACAAGAGGUAGCAGAGCUGAAGCAAAAGAUCCUCAUAUUUGGGUGUGAGAAAGAAGAGAUGAGCAAGGAAAUAACAUGGCUGAAGGAAGAAGGUGUUAAGCAGGAUGCAGCAUUGAAAGAAUUACAGGAGCAGUUCAAGCAGAAGUCUAUUCAAAUGAAUUCUCUCUCACAAAAUGAAACUACGCUGAAAACGCAAGUUGAAAAGCUGGAGGUGGACUUGACUCACUCUCUGAAGGAAAAUGCUUUUCUUCAAGAGCAACUAAUGGAACUGAAGACGCUGGGAGAAAAAGAUAAGCUGACGCUUUGUGAGUUGACUGACAAAUUGAAAACCACCGAUGAAGAAUUCCGGAGUUUGAAAUCGUCCCAUGAAAGAAGUCAGAAAAGCCUAGAGGACAAAAGCUUGGAAUUCAGAAAACUAGCUGAGGAACUAGUUCAGCUAGGUGUUUACUGUAAGAAAACUGAAGCUUUAUUAGAAGCGAAAACAAAUGAGCUACUCAACAUUAGUAUUAGUAAAACCAGUGCCAUGCUUUCUAGAAUUUCCCAUUGUCAGCACCGCACAACUACACUUAAGGAGGCACUGCUACUUAAAAUCCUCAGGGUUUCCGAAUUAGAAGCACAACUUAGACAGCUAACAGAGGAGCAAAAUACGCUAAGUAGUUCUUUUCAACAGGUUACUCUUCAGUUAGAAGAAAGGGACAAUCACAUUAAGAGCCUGAAGGCUGAUAUCGAAAGUCUUGUAACAGAAAAAGAAGCCUUACAAAAGGAAGGUGGCAAUCAGCAGCAGGCUGCCUCCGAAAAGGAGUCUUGCAUCACACAGUUGAAGAAAGAAUUGUCUGAAAACAUCAACGCUGUCACGUUGAUGAAAGAAGAACUUACAGAAAAAAAAUCUGAAAUUAGCAGUCUUAAUAAACAACUAACGGACUUGAAUGUUCAGCUUCAGAAUAGCACCAGCCUCGCUGAAAAAGAAGCAGCCGUUUCUUCACUAAGUAUGCAGUACGAUGAAGAACGACGGGAAUUGCAGGAUAAGGUGCAAGAUUUGUCUUUGAAAGUUGAUACUCUGAGUAAAGAGAAAAUGUCUGCUCUUGAGCAGGUGGAUCACUGGUCCAACAAAUUCUCGGAAUGGAAGAAGAAAGCACAGUCGAGAUGCACACAGUACCAAAACACUAUUAAAGAAUUGCAGAUACAACUUGACUUAAAAACCAAGGAAUCUGGUGAAAAGAACGAGCAGAUAAAUUUACUGAAGGAAGACCUUGAUCAGCAAAAUAAAAAAUUUGAAGGUUUAAAGGGCGAAAUGGAAGAAAAGAUCAAGUUGGAGAAAAAGGAAUGUGAUUUAGAGACUGAGUUAAAGACUCAAACAGCGAAAAUUGUGGAAUUAGAGGACUGUGUUACGCAGAAAACCAUUGAAAUUGAGUCCUUAAAUGAAGUUCUUAAAAAUUCUAAUCAACAAAAGGAUAUUGAACAGAAAGAAUUGUUUCAGAAACUUCAGCGCUUUCAGGAGUUAGAAGAAGAAAAGGACAACAAGAUUAAAGAAACGGAAGAAAAAGUUUUAAGGCUUGAAAAGCAGUUGUCUUCCAUGACAACUGAACUUGAAACUACGAAGAAGGAAUUGGAACUUGUGAAUUCAGGUAUGAAAAACAAAGAAGAGGAAUUAAAAGCAUUGGAAGAUAGACUGGAGUUAGAAAGUGCUGCAAAAUUAGCGGAGCUGAAGAAAAAGGCGGAACAAAAAAUUGCCGCCAUCAAGAAACAGUUGUUAUCUCAGAUGGAAGAGAAAGAACAGCAAUAUAAGAAAGAUACCGAAAGCUGUUUGAAUGAGCUUAAUACAAAACUGCAGGAAAGAGACAAGCAAGUUCUCCUGUUGGAAGAAAAACUUAUGUCGGUGGAAAGUUCGCUUGAGUCAGAAACACCCAUUUUACCCAGAUCAGCAAAAAAUGCCACAGUGUGUAUGGAGCAAGACGAAGUAGAUUCCCAAGGCUGUGUGCAGAAAACAUACGACGAAAAACUCAGUGAUUUACAAAGAAGCUUAACUGAAAAAGAAAAGCUAAUACAGAAGCUAGAGCAGGAGAAAGCAGACACCAUUUCUUCACAUUCUGAAAUACAGCGCAAAUACCAGGAGCUCUUAAUAAAAUUAGAACACGCCGAAGCAAAGCAGCGUGAGGAUCAAGUUAUGAUAGAUCGCCUUCAAGAAGAACUUGGAGAACAAACCAAGAAAUGUUCCUCGAUAAUAUCCCAGCACGUGGAAGAAGAGGGAGGUCAAAACAACCGAGCGCCAAAGCAAAACCUGGAAAAUGCGAUUGACGAUGUCCAGAAAACCCUCCAGGAGAAAGAACUAACCUGUCAGAUCUUGGAGCAAAAGAUCAAAGAGCUGGAUUCCAGCUUAGAACGCGAGAAGGAAGUACAUAGAAUUGAAAUGGAAGAGCUGAGCUCCAAGUACGAAGAAUUACAGGCUUUGCAGAAACAGGUGGACAGAAAAGAGAAACCCUCAGAAGUUCUGGAAGAUAGUGCUGAAGGAAAGUCCGAAUCACAGGUAGUUCAACCCCAGUUGCUUAAUAAUCCAGAUGCCCAGCACAAUGACCUGGAGUUGAAAUUAGCAGGAGCAGAGCGAGAAAAGCAGAAGCUGAGCAGGGAGGUCGCGAGACUGCAGAAAGACCUCCGAGUGUUGAGGAAGGAGCAUCAGCAAGAGUUGGAUCUCCUGAAGAAAGAGCGUGAACAAGAAAUGGAAGAGAAAAUCAAACAGGAGCAGGAAGAUCUUGAGUUGAAGCACAAUUCCACGUUAAAACAACUGAUGAGGGAGUUUAACACACUGCUGGCACAGAAGGAACAGGACCUGGAAGUGACCAUAAAAGAAACAAUCAAUAAGGCCCAGGAGGUGGAAGCUGAACUUUUGGAAAGCCACCGAGAAGAGACAAAUCAGUUGCAUAAAAAAAUUACCGAGAAAGAUGAUGAUCUCAAAAGGACAGCCAAAAGAUAUGAAGAAAUCCUUGAUGCUCGUGAAGAAGAAAUGACAGCCAAAGUAAUAGAUCUACAAACUCAACUUGAGGAAUUACAGAAGAAAUAUCAGCAAAAGCUACAGCAGGAGGAGAAUUCUGGCAGUGAUAAUUUAACAAUUAUGGAGCUGCAGUCACAGCUAGCACAGAAGACCACUCUCAUCAGUGAUUCAAAGUUGAAAGAGCAGGAGUUCAGAGAACAGAUUCACAAUUUAGAAGACCGUUUGAAGAAAUAUGAAAAGAAUGUAUACACAACAACUGUGGAGACAUCUUACAAAGGUGGCAAUUUGCACCAUACUGAUGUCUCACUCCUUGGAGAACCUACCGAAUUUGAGUAUUUGCGAAAAGUGCUUUUUGAGUAUAUGAUGGGUCGUGAGACUAAGACCAUGGCAAAAGUUAUAACCACUGUAUUGAAAUUUCCUGAUGAUCAGACUCAGAAAAUUUUGGAAAGAGAAGAUGCUCGGCUAACGUUCACUUCACCUCGCAGUGGUAUCUUCUGAGUAAACCAUCAGUCUGUGCUUAGUUAGCAUGUGUCAUGGCUCCGAUCUUCAUCUUGAAGAAAUGGGAAGAGUGAUGUUAGACAAAUGCUGCUUGGAAAAUUGUCCCCAUUUACUGUCCUUAGAGAAUGAAGCUGUCAUUCAGGGUCCACCCGUAGCCGAAAGACCAAGAAGAGAAUUUGACAUUGGCCCACAGAUAAUUGCUGAUUGCCUUUAAAAUACAUUUUAUCAGUGGAGAAAUCGUGAUUGUUUUUU